CAAACUUCCUCUCCCAGCCACACAGGAAGUUGAGCGGGCUCAGGGCCCAGCCCUGCACAAGCACAGGCCCCCAGGACCCCUGGGGCAAGGGCCCCGCUGCCGGAGGUGGCCCUGCAGGGACCAUGGGAUCCAAAGCAGAACGGGAUCCACCUGCCGUGUUCGAUUGGUUUUUUGAAGCAGCCUGUCCUGCCUCCCUGCAGGAGGACCCCCCCAUCCUGCGGCAGUUCCCCCCAGACUUCAGGGACCAGGAGGCUAUGCAGAUGGUGCCUAAAUUCUGCUUCCCUUUCGAUGUGGAAAGGGAACCCCCGAGUGCCGCUGUGCAGCAUUUCACCUUCGCCCUCACCGACCUGAGCGGCACCCGCCGAUAUGGUUUUUGCCACCUACGGGCUGGUGCCCACAGUUGCCUCUGCAUCCUCAGUCACCUACCUUGGUUUGAGGUUUUCUACAAGCUGCUGAACACAGUGGGCGAUCUCCUGGCCCAGGACCAAGUCUCUGAGGUUGAGGAACUUCUCCUAAACCUGCUGCAGCAGCCCCUGCCUGUGUCUCAGGCGUCAGUAGAGCUGGGCCGCGGAGUGACUGUCUCCAGUGCGCAUAGCAUCCCGCCCCCUGCCCCCGGGAACAGCGGGCCGCUUUCCUGCUUCGUAGCCCCCGACUCCGGCCGCCUGCCAUCCAUUCCUGAGAACAGGAACCUAACGGAGCUAGUGGUGGCGGUGACCGACGAGAACAUCGUGGGGCUGUUCGCCGCGCUCCUGGCGGAGAGAAGGGUCCUACUCAUCGCCAGCAAGCUGAGCACCCUGACAUCGUGCGUCCACGCGUCCUGCGCCCUCCUGUACCCCAUGCACUGGGAGCACGUGCUGAUCCCCACGCUGCCGCCGCACCUGCUAGACUACUGCUGUGCGCCCAUGCCCUACCUCAUCGGAGUGCACUCCAGUCUCGCCGAGAGAGUGCGGGAGAAAGCUCUGGAGGAGGUCGUGGUCAUGAACGUGGACUCCAAUACCUUGGAGACGCCCUUCGACGACGUGCAAGCGUUGCCCCCAGACGUGGUGUCCCUGCUGAGGCUGCGGCUAAGGAAGGUUGCGCUGGCGCCCGGGGAAGGGGUUUCCCGUCUUUUCCUCAAAGCGCAGGCCCUGCUCUUCGGGGGCUACCGCGACGCACUCAUCUGCAGCCCGGGCCAGCCUGUGACCUUCAGCGAAGAAGCCUUCUUGGCCCAGAAGCCCGGGGCGCCCCUGCAGGCCUUCCAUCGACGGGCUGUGCACCUGCAGCUGUUCAAACAGUUCAUUGAAGGCCGACUGGAGAAGCUGAACACGGGAGAGGGCUUCUCAGAUCUCUUUGAGCAGGAGAUCACCUGCAACGAGGGCUUCUCAGGCGCUGUUCGCUCCUACCAGCUCUGGGCAGACAACCUAAAGAAAGGUGGUGGUGCCCUCCUGCAUUCUGUCAAAGCCAAGACACAACCAGCUGUCAAAAACAUGUACCGUUCGGCCAAGAGCGGCUGGAAGGGUAUGCAGAGCCUUCUGAUGUACAAGGAUGGGGACUCUGGCCUGCAAAGGGGGGGUUCCCUGAGAGCCCUGUCCCUCACCAGCCGCUCAGACCGUCUGCAGCAGCGCCUGCCUAUCACCCAGCACUUUGGAAAGAACCGGCCCCUGCGCCCUAGCAGGAGAAGGGGGCUGGAGAGCCCUUCUGAGUCCCUGGAGGAGGGGGCACCUGCUCUGAGCCCUGAGGAUGCCCAGGAACCAUGGGCAGAGGAAGCUCUGGACAGCAGUUUCCUGGGGUCUGGAGAAGAGCUGGAUUUGCUGAGUGAGAUUCUGGACAGUCUAAGCAUGGGAGCCAGCAGGACGGGGGGCCUGCGGCCCAGCCAGAGCUUGGACUGCUGCCACAGAAGGGACCCAGACAGCUGCUUCAGCUUGGUGAGAGCCCCCCAGUCCUCCCCGUCUAGUCCAUCUUUCUUCCCAGCCCCUCCAGCUUCUGAAGGCCAGCAACUUGCCCAUCUCCCCACCCCUAUCCAGCCUGACAUCCCGGGAACAUCAAGAUGGCAACCAGAUGAGGAAAAACCACCAGAGCCUCAGCCCCUGUCCCUACCUGCUGACCUGCCAUCUCUACAAACCCUCCAGCCUUUGGAUGCCACGACCUCCUCAAAGGACCCUACUUCCCAGCCACCCUUGGAGGCCAGCCAAGAAAUCAUCUUUUCAUCCCAGUCCUCAUCGGCUUCUGUGGAUCCAAGCAGCCCAGGAGACCCUGAGCCCCAUCUUCUAAUCCUACAUCUCUCUCCUUCCCCCAAGGCAACCAAAUAUCCCAGGGCCCAGGAGAGCCCCUGUGCCCAGCUCUCCACAGCACCCACCCAAUCCAGCCCUCUGGAAGGUUCCCAACUUCUGGUCCCCACAAAGCCCAACUCGGAUAUUACCUGGACAUCCCAACCCCUUGAUUCUUCCUCAGAUCCUGGUUCCCCAGAGAACCCCAGAUCCCAGCCCUCUGAGGUCCCACAGGCAGAGCACACUCACCGCCAGCUCCCAGAGGGGCCAGGAGCCCUCAGACCCCCUGCUGCACCUGCCAACAGCUGGCAGGAUCCCCAGGCUUGGAGCCGGCCCAGAGUCGCUGAGCUUAAAAAGUGUUUUGAAGGUUAAGAAUCAGACAUCUGGCAGAGACCCCAGUCCUUCAAUAAAGCCACAAGAACCCAAA